UUCGUUGAGUCAGAUUAGCGAUGGAGAGUCUUCUUGCGCUGGCAAAAAGCUUUCACAAGGGCUUCUACGUCUAUAGAUCUAAGUCAGACUGUUUGCGGGUCCUGCGGGCGACACAGAAGUUGUCGCUUCCAUGGUGGAAUCGGCGUUGCACUGAAUUUGUCGAAACCCUUGAAAGCAGCAUUGAGUCAGUCACGGAUGCUUCCUUUUCUUCCGGGACUCGACAACCUAUCAUUGUUUUAGAGGGUCUUGAUGGGGUCGGGAAGACAUUAAUAUCGCAUACGCUAGCCUCCAAGUUGGAAGGUAUCCCUCUUCACACACCGCCAUCUGAAUGGUCUGACAUUCGCCCGUUGUUCCUCAAUCAAGACAAUGCUUUAUUACGUGCAUUCUACUCAGGCUCUAAUUAUAUUGCCGCUUCUGGCAUUCUUCAUGCCGCUCAGGAGCGGGUCGUGGUCCUGGAUCGCUGGUGGUGCUCUACAUGUGCGAUGGCGCUGGCUAAUCAAUUCACGACACGUACGCUCCCGCCUGAGGGUGAUGCCGUUUACGAGUGGCCUUCGGAUUUACCGAAGCCUAAUGUUGGCUUUUACAUAUUUGUGGACGAGCAGGUUCGGCGUGCUCGUAUACGGAAGCGAGCUCCCGAGGAUUCCGAGGAGCAGCGACUGUCAGCAGAGUCUGAAAUGAGAGCUGCGGCAGCCGAAGCUUAUCGUCGAACCCAUCUUCUGCAUCCGAUAGAAGCUCCUAACUAUCGAGCAGCAGUAAACAGUAUCUUAGCGUUCUUGACGGAGCGGGGUAUCCUCCACUCAGGGGUUCCGUUUACCGACUCUGAGUUAAGGGAAAUCAGCUCUUUUUAGGAAGCGUUGAAACUUCUCCAGAUGCGCCCAUAAAAUAUUCGCUUAAAUUAGGCGGGCAGAUAGACAUAAUUCAAGGGCCUUGUGCUUAGUCUACUUUAUCCUUCCUUCAU